UAUUCUUCCUCUUACUUUUCUUCAUUCGAAUCUUUUAACACUUUUGAUCACUUCAAUUUAAUUACUUUCAUAUUCAUCAAUCCAAUGCCGUCUUCUUCGAUUCGAGUUUACCGCCGCCGGAUUUCUCUACCGGCAGUGGCAAUGGCGGUGACGGCGGUCUUGCUGGUUUUUAUGGUGACUAUAUGUUGGAGCGGGAGUGUGGGACAUAUGCCCUCGACGGAAGAGGAUGCUCGAGAUUACCACGAAAUGAAGAGCAAAGUGGCGGCGAAAGAUGAUAAGAAGGAGAAAGAUCAGACGGCGGAGACGUGGACGGAAUGGGCGAAAGAGAAAAUCACCGGUGGACUUGGACUGAAGAAUGAAAGGGAGGAGGAUCAAGAUGACGACGGCGGCGUUAAGAAGGUUACUGAUUUCACUUCCGAUUCUGCUCUGAAGGCCAAAGACAAAAUCCAAAAUGUCGCUUCAGGAGUGGGACAGUAUGGCACUGAAAAGGCCGAAGAAGUGAAGGGCAUGGCGGCGGAGAAGGCUGGUGAGGCCAAAGACAAGGCAGCCAAAGUGGGAACGAAAACGACCGAAGCGGCGGAGAAGGCAAAAGAAAAGGCAUACAAUGCGGCAAAAGAAACCAAGGAUAAAGUUACCUCCCUAAAAAACAAAGCAGUAGAAACCUCUGGUGAGGCAACGGAGAAAGCGAAGGAAGUGGGCAAUGAGGCGAAGAAAAAAACCGAAGAAACAGCAGAGGAGGCAAAGGAAAGAGCCUCGACGGGAGCAAAAGAGGUGGAGGAGAGAGCAGGAGAGAUGAAGGAGAAGGCGAAAGUGAAGGAGAAGGAGGCGAAGGAGAGAGCGGAGGAGGAGGCAGGGAGGGCAGAGGAGGUAGCAGAGAAGGGAAAAAGAUGGGCAAAGGAAGGGUUUGAGGCUGCGAAGGGGAAGGCAGAGGAGGUGGUGGGAGCGGCGAAGGAGAAGAUAGGGGAGCAAUACGAGGCGGCGAAGAAGAAAUCGCAGAGGAUUAAAGACGACGUGGUUCGGUCCGAGGUGGAGGACGAGCUUUGAAGAACACUCGGGCAGGGUACGCAGUUUAGUGUUGUUCAUAUUAUGUUUUAAGGACGAUGUGAGAGGUUUGUUUGAAUUAAAUGAUGUUUUUGAGGGAAGUGGUUUUUUGGUUAUGAUGUGGAGUGUGUGUUUGUGUAUAUAAUGAAAUGAUAAGAAAGGGUUUGUUGUCUAAA